UACCACCCCCGCACCUGUUCGGGUGACAGUGACAGUUGAGAUCAUAUUCGAAGUAAAUGACUGCAGUAACCUCGAUCUCAUACAUGGAACAAUCCUUGAACAGAUCAAUAUCUUACUUCGCGCCCAACACAAUGAGUUCCCGGGCUUCUGCGAGGACAGUACCUGUAGUAACAUAGAGGUCCGCAUCACGGAUGGUUGUGGAGGGACCCGCAGGAAGAGACAAACAGGGAACAUGGUCACUGCUGAAGUGACGGCGGCAAAUCUCCCGGAUACACUUUCUGACAAGAACCAGACUGUCAGGAGAAGUUCUGAAUCUCUGUUGGUGCAGGCUCUAGCGGAUAAUGCUGCUGUCGCCCCAACACUGACCUCGUAUGGCGUCACCUACAGGAACAUCACUGUCCCCAUCGUAUCAUGUGCAGCCGGCUUUGUGAAUAACGCCACGGUUUGCGAACCUUGUCCAGCAGGUACACGACACGACAGUUCAACGGACACCUGUCCGGACUGUGGUAUCGGUAAGUACCAGGACCAGACAGGGCAGACAUCUUGCAAGGCGUGUCCCGAUGCGAUGCCCACCCUCAGGACCAACAGCGUCAAUGUCACAGACUGUGUGUCCAAAUGUAAACUGGAGACAGAAUAUUGUAAAAACAACGGCAUCUGUAGAGAAGGUACACAAGGAUCAGUGAGCUGUGACUGCAGUGAAUACUACACCGGUGACACCUGUACUAUCCGGCGAUCUGUUGAGUCAGGACUGUCUGAGGUCAUCAUCGGUGUCUGCGUCGGCAUCUUCGCCCUGCUGCUCAGCGGCCUUGCUAUAGGCUAUUUCUGCUACAGACGUUCACGAGGCCGGUUGGAGAGGGAGAAACACUCCGCCAUGGACAAGACCUCCACUGUCCACGACUACACCAGGUCGCCAUACACCGUGUACCGCGGAUACACUCAGUAUCCGUCACCUGUGUUUAACGAGGUCUACGACUUUUACAGUGCAGAAGACAAAUUCUCCGACCAAUAGAGACAUGUUCCGAUGUAUUCUGGCUCACCUUCUGAGAGUGUAUUCACUUCUAGGACUGAUAGACGUAAUGUAUUUAUUCCAGUUCUAAAACGUGUUCAUAUAGACGUAUCUGACCACAUAGUGUUAACACAGCCGACAUUAGACUCUGAUGUGACGACAUACCAGUGUCCACAUCAACCUCCAUGUGAUGGUCGUACAACUCUUGCAGUUUCUGCAGGCUACAUGGUUUAAUGAAUAUGCACAACCUAUCUACGCCAGAGAAAUAUUUCUUCACAAUUAACCAGCAUUUUUAUACAGAUUCCUAUAUGGUGAGCACGUGUGUCAUAUUCAAAUUUCCGUAAACGUGUUUAACAUGCUUUAUUUACCGGGGGCAACCUAAUCGUAUGCUUGUAUGAUGAUACCAAUGUAUGAAGCACUUGACUGUUGACGUCACGCGUUCUUUGUGUUUUGAACUGAGUGGACUGAUUGUUGAUGGCAUGCUUAGCCACUUUGAAACAUGUUAGAAAGUAGUGUGUUUUUUUCGAUGUUUAACGCCGCACUCAGCCAGAAAAUAACAUUUGUUUUAAUGUGGACCGUAACAUGGCUGACAGUGUUCACACGUCCUGCCAGUGUGUGGGUUAUCAUGCAGAUUAUCAAUUUCAUAUACAUGUGUUGCCAGCAUAGUUCAUGAAUCUCGAGUAAUACAUUUCAAUGGUUUCCUUGAGUUUCUGUGCUAAUACGAAAGGCAAACACUAGUUUAUGAACACCAGUCGGACAGUGACACCCUUUCCUGGGGUACCUUGCUUGAUUGGCUGUGGUCGACCACGUGGACUGUUGCCUGUGGCGUCAUUCCUCGUGGCCAGUGUAUGUUAUAUCACAUUUACAUGGACCUUUUCACAACUAACGCCUUAUCGUUCCUACUCUUAUGUCUUGGUGAGAGUGUUGUUUGUAAAUAUACCUUGUUGAUUGAGUAUGGUAGUCUAAAACAUGUAUGUCUGUCCGGAAUCAAUGAAUAUUAAAAAUAUGUGCAAUUAUA